GUGAUCAAGAAGAACAGAAAGAAUGAAUUUGGUUCAAAGAUUGAAGCACAAUAGCAGAGUUAUCUCUAGUUAUUAUCAUCAAUCAUUUGUGAGGGAUUAUUAUGGUUCAGGAGGUAUCAAGAGUAGAAAUAUAUCACAGCUUGAGAGUUAUGUGCAGGAUGAGUGUAAAUCUGGAAGGAUUAAGAAGCUUGAGGAUGGUUUGAAAUACUUUGAUCUAUUGAUUUUCGAAAGGCCUUUUCCGUCUACCUCUACAUUUAAUCAUGUAUUGGGAUUAAGAAGAUUAAAUGCUAUUCAGAUGUCAUCAUGUUGUAUAAGAAGAUGGGUUUGGUUGGGGUACAACCCAAUAUUUAUACAUUGAGCAUUUUGAUUAAUUGCUGUUGUCAAUUAGGAAAAGUGAACUAUGGGUUUUGUUUUCUUGGACAGAUUAUUAAGAGAGGUCAUCAGCCCAAUGUCAUCACAUUCACUACACUGAUUAGAGGGUUGAGUCUUCAAGGGAGGAUUGAUUCUGCUUUCAAAGUGUUUGCUAAAAUGACUGAAACAGGUAUUCAACCUAAUGAGGUUACAUGUAACUCACUAAUACAUGGGCUUUGUACAACCGGUGAAGUGGGUCUUGCUCUUCAGUUAAAAAACAACAUGUCUAAAUGGAAUUGCAGACCAACUGUGGUCUCUUAUGCUGCAAUUAUAGACACACUUUGUAAAGGAGGUUUAGUUGAUGAAGCUUCGGUUCUCUUCUCUCAAAUGCAUAGAGAUUUGAAUGUUGUUCCUGAUGUAGUUGUGUACACUUCUUUGAUAGAUGGACUAUGCAAUUCAGGCCGGUUAAAUGAGGAAAAGAGACUCUUUGGGGAGAUGGUUAGUAGAGGAAUCUCUGCAAAUGUAACGACAUAUACUUGUAUGAUUCAUGGUCAUUGCCUACAUGGUCAGCAGGAAGAAGCAAGAAGAUAUUUCGAUGAAAUGAUUGAUCGCGGGAUUUUACCCAAUAUAAUAACCUUUAGUAUAUUGAUAGAUUCACUUUGUAAAGAUGGGAACACAGAAGAUGCUUUGGGGUUGUUCAAAUUGAUGGACAAGAUAAAUAUUAAACCUGAUCAGAUUACUUACAGCUCAAUGAUAGACGGUCUGUGUUUGGCAGGUCGAUUACAAGAUGCGGUGAAAUUGUUUGACUCCAUGGUGGACAAGCGCCUUCAACCGGAUGUUAUUAGUUGCAGUAUACUAAUUGAUGGGUAUUGCAGGAACCGUAAGUUGGAUGAAGCUUUGCAGCUAUUCAAGAAAAUGAAACAAAAAGGAUUACAACCCUGUAUAGUUACUUACACUAUCCUAUUAAGGGGACUAUACCAGGAUGGAAGAAUGAAGACUGCUCAGAGGUUCGUCAAUGAGAUACAAUCUUUUGGUGUAUCUCCAAAUGAAGUUACAUAUGGUACAAUUUUGGAUGGUCUUUGCAAGAAUGGAAAUUUUUUGGAGGCGAUAGAAUUGUUUGAAUCCAUGGAGGGUACUGGUGUUUUAGCUGAUGUUGAAAUGUACGCUGUCCUUAUUCAUGGUUUGUGUCGGGCUGGGAAGUUGGAAGAUGCAAGAAAACUGUUUAAUGAGAUUCCAGAAAAAGGAUUAGUACCUGAUGUAGCAACAUAUACCACAAUGAUAGCUGGCCUCAUUCAUCACAGGAUAUCCUUGGAGGCUAACAAACUAAUCAUCCAAAUGGAAGAGAAAGGUUGUUUACCAAAUUCUAUAACAUAUGAUACCAUCGUCAAGGGUUUUCUUGAAGGGAAUGAGACUGAGAAGGCAUUACUAUUUCUUCGUAAGAUGCGUGAAAGAGAAUUUGUACCAAGGGAUUCUGUUGUAUCCUUGUUAAUAAACACUCUCUCAGCAGGUGAACUGAAAAAUCUUGUGUUAUUUUUGUGAGACCUUGUAGUAAUUGUUUAGGGAUACAGUGAAAAUGUGAAAAACUCGAGGAGCAUUUGUGCGGCUUGAUAUAUUUAUUAAACCUUCUU